UUGAGUCCAAAUUUCAACCAACCAAAAGGAGAAACUGAAAGCCGUCUACCACUAUACAGGCUAACAUUAAAUUCCAAGUCUCUAAUAAGUGCUUUUUCAAUGAUAUUACAUGGCUACAAGAAAUUUCUGGACUGCCAGGGAAGUUCUCUGGUUCUCAGUGACUUGAACUGAGUUAAGGAGUCUAAGCUUGUCAUUUUUGAAAGAGUUUUCAGCACGGUGAAGACUGAAUAUAAAGUGCCCUUUAUUUUAAAGAUGUGAAGAGAAGCUCCAUGACCGCCGGGGCCUGGCUUUCUCUCUUCUGGACACGUGGUGUGGGACAUACAUAUAGCUUAGGUUGGGGUGAUGCCUAAAGGGUAUUACUGAUGCACAAGUAGCCCACUGGAAUUCAUUUCCGCCACAGGUAAAUUGCCUAGGAGCGGGGAAGAUGACCUCAAGAUAGAGCCCCUUGGUUCCGCCUCCCACCACUGCAGUGUCCAGGGCAAAAUCCUUUCAAUAUUCUCACAGUGAAAGUUUAUGUAAAAUAAUGAAGUCUAAGUAAUGUAUCUCAUGCCACAUUCAUAUCACUGACAUCAUAGUGGUCAAGUGCAGCAGCCACUUGUCUCAAUGCAAAUGCUUUAGUUAGUUGAAAUCAACUUUAGGCAAUGACUUGAUUAAUUGUGAUAUUACUGCAUGUGAUGGAUAGUCAGUAUCCCAUGUAGCCCAGAAAAAAGGGGCUAGUUUGUGCUUUCGAUAUGUAUGGUCACAGCGGAUAGCUGAUUAUACAUAGUAGGGUGUGUCUGUUGAGAGUGUUUCUGGAGAUUAGCAUUUGAGUUGGUGGGGUGAGUAACGCAGAUGACCCUCCCCAGUGAAGGGAGGCACUGUCCAGUCCACUGAGAGCUGAGUGAACAGAAAGACAGAGGAAAGUUGUGUUUAUCACGCCUGAGUGUCUGAGGUGGGGCAUGAUCUGCCCAUGGAUCCCCACUGACAUUGUGACUGCAGUUCAGGGAAGAUCCUUAGCCAUGACUACCCAGUAAGUAGCAGCUCCCAAAUUUCUGAAUCAAAAAGGGUAGGGAAAAUCAGGCAAGGUGAUGUGCACUUGUGAUCCCAGCACUAAGGAGGUGGAGGCAGGAGGGACUGUAAGUUUGAGGCUAGCCUGGGCUACAGAGCAAAACUGUCUCCAAACCAAAGAACCAAUGUGAAGUCCUUUUUUUUUUUUGGUACCAGGAAUUGAACUCAUGACUGUGCGCUUGCAAGAAAGCUCUGUAACCUGAAGUCUCUGGGUCGAGGCGGCAGGCGGUGGGAACCAGUGUCGAAUGUAAGACAACCCCGAGAUUCCCAGGAGUGCAUGUCCAAAUGCCAGCCUGGCCACCACAGGGUAUCCUUCUGGACAACUAAAAGGGUCAGCUCUGAAGCCCAGGCUGAGGCCAGCCAGCCCUGAGCCUUAGACCAGGGGAAUGGCAGCUGCCCAGGAGCCCCAGGACCAGGCUCCUGGGGAGGGAGAAGGACUUCUGAUUGUGAAAAUAGAAGAUUCCUCCUGGGAGCAGGAAACUGCCCAGCAGGAGGACAGCAGAGAUUCUGAGGCCUGCCGCCAGCGCUUUCGUCAGUUCUGCUACGGGGAAGUAGGUGGGCCACAUGAGGCCUUUAGCCAGCUUUGGGAGCUCUGCUGCCGCUGGCUGCGGCCAGAACUGCGCACCAAGGAGCAGAUCCUGGAGCUACUAGUGUUGGAGCAGUUCUUGACAGUGCUGCCGGGGGAGAUCCAGGCCCAAGUGCGGGGACAGUGCCCAGGGAAUGGUGAGGAAGCUGUUGCCUUGGUGGAGGACCUACAGAAGCAGCCAGUGAAGGCCUGGUCACAGGAUGUGCCCUCAGAGAACGAGGAAGCUGAGGCUAUGAUCCAGACCUCCCAGGCCAAGGGGAUGGUGGGGAUAUGGAGCCGGCUGCCUGCUUCCCAGGAUCAGCCUGGCUAUCGUGCCCAGCUUCCUGCUCUUCUUAAAGAGGGGAAUACCAGAGAGACAACAGAUGCCUGCUUUGCCUCUGGGGUCCAUGCACCUGUGGCAUUGGGAGACAUUCCCUUCUAUUUCUCAAGGGAAGAGUGGGGUUCCCUGGACCCUGCUCAGAGGGAUCUCUUCUGGGACAUAAAGCGGGAGAACUCACGGAACACCACCCCGGGUCUGGGGCUCCAAAGUCAGAGCAAGAAGGUCCUGCUAGAGGAGGUGGUGAAGGUACUGCCAGGUCAAGCUGAUGGCGAAGGAACUGUGUCCUGGAACCCCAGGGAUGCUGAGGCCUGGGAGAAAGAGCACCAGCCUGCGGUGUCCCUGGGCCGGCCAGUGGGGGCACGGCGGGGGCGACCACCAGCACGCCGGCGCCAGUUCCGGGACCUAGCUGCAGAGAAGCCGCAUAGCUGUGGGCAGUGUGGGAAGCGUUUCCGUUGGGGCUCAGAUCUGGCUCGCCACCAGCGCACGCACACUGGUGAGAAGCCACACAAGUGUCCAGAAUGCGACAAGAGCUUCCGCAGCUCUUCGGACCUGGUACGACACCAGGGUGUGCACACAGGCGAGAAACCCUUCUCUUGCAAUGAGUGUGGCAAGAGCUUCAGCCGCAGCACCUACCUGGCUGAUCACCAGCGCAUCCAUACGGGCGAGAAGCCCUUUGGCUGCAGUGACUGUGGCAAGAGCUUCUCACUGCGUUCUUACCUGCUGGACCACCGGCGUGUGCACACUGGCGAGAGGCCUUUUGGCUGUGGCGAGUGCGACAAGAGCUUCAAGCAGCGUGCCCACCUCAUAGCCCACCAGAGCCUUCAUGCCAGAAUGGCUCAGCCUGUGGGGUGAGCAGCCAGUGGGAACCAUGCUGCCUCCUUUGACCCCUUGGGGCUUCACCCGUCUUCGGGCACUUCCUGGCCUACUGGAGUGAGUCAGACUCAAGGCUGCCCUACCUGCCCCUAGGACAUACUUGCACACUUUGGAACAGAAGUCUGGCUGACUUUGUCUUCUCUUUUGUUCUGUGUUUCUCUUUUCCUUAGUUUCCUGGGGCCUUAGUGUAUUCCUUGCAGGGGCAGCAGGUAGUGUGAGGAUUCAGGCAGGGUCCAGGGCUUCUUCCCAGACCCCCUCAGCUAGAUGUGGCCACUUGAUUGUUGUUUCCUGUCCUCUCAGGUGAGUCUGGGCCACACCCCCUACCCUGCCCACCUGUGCCUUCUGUGGGAGUGGAGGACUAGCCUCGGCAUCCCCAGAGGACAGCUUGGCUUUAGGAGAGAUAGUGGGCCCACACAUAUGAGAAGAUGAGGUCUGGAUCUUGCCACAGGGCUACGCUGGCCUGCAUUUCCUCCCACUUCCAGGCUGUGAUCACUGUGGCCUGGCCUGGCCACAGGAAGCUGCCAUGUUUGCUUUUGGCAGAUGCACCCCUCUUCCGGUGAGCCUCCGUCUGUCAUUCUAGAUGGUAGGUGGUUGGAGGCCCCCCGCUGCCUACUCCUUCAGAGGCAUGGCCUUGGCUAUACUUAACACUAGCACUCCAUUAGCACCUUGUUGCUGACUCCUCAACCAUUGCAUUCCAUUUUUUGUCUGCAUUGUGUGCAGAUUUGUAUGAAGAGGGACAGAUUGGGUCCCUUCCAAAGAGGUCAGCCCAUUGGAACUCAGAAGGGUUUGAAUAAACGUGGAAGCUUCUC